CGUCGUGGUCCGGCGCCGCGUCGCGGUAAGAUGGCCGAGGAGACGGAGUCACCGGAGAGAGGAGUCAUUCGCCGGUUACUGAUCCGCCUCCCUACUCACAAUCUGUUCUGCAAAUUCUUGAGGUUCCUGGAGGCGACAGCCAGGUCCUGGUGGAUCAGCAGCUGGCUUCCAUCAUGGUGCCCAACAUCCCUCACCCAGUUGAAGGUGGCGGAGGAGAAGAUGCUCCGGUCAAUAUCUAGAAAGUUCUCCAAGCAGUACGUGCAAAUAUCCAACGGGAACAGGAUCUGGACGCUGGUGUUUAACGGGAGCGAGGAGAAGACGCCGCUGGUGCUGCUGCAUGGCUUUGGGGGCGGCGUGGGCCUCUGGGCCCUCAACCUGGAUGUUCUCUCUGAGCACAGGCCUCUCUAUGCCUUUGACCUGCUGGGCUUUGGCCAGAGCAGUAGGCCACACUUCAGCACGGACGCCCGCGAAGCUGAAGACCAGUUUGUUGAGUCCAUAGAGGAAUGGAGGGCCAGAGUAGGACCGGAGGCCAUGAUCAUGCUUGGACACAAUCUGGGUGGCUAUUUGGCGGCAGCGUAUUCGCUGCAGUACCCGAGCAGGGUGAAGCACCUCAUACUCGUUGAGCCUUGGGGUUUUCCAGAGAGGCCCGAACCGGCAGAGCAGGACCGGCCCAUUCCCGUGUGGAUCAGGGCACUUGGGGCCAUGCUGAGCCCCUUCAAUCCACUGGCAGGCCUGAGAUUGGCGGGACCCCUCGGGCCCACACUGGUACAGACACUCAGACCGGAUUUUAAGAAGAAAUUCUCCUCCAUGUUCAACGACAACACCGUCACGGAGUACAUCUACCACUUGAAUGCCCAGACCCCAAGCGGGGAGAGCGCCUUCCGGAACAUGACGAUUCCGUACGGCUGGGCACAGCGGCCCAUGGGCCAGCGGGUCGGCCUCAUCCGGCGGGACAUCCCCAUCACCGUCCUCUACGGUUCCCGCUCCAGCAUCGUAGGCAACUCUGGCACCCUGAUCAAGGAGCUAAGGCCCGACUCCUAUGUGGAGACCAUCGCCAUUCGCGGAGCUGGCCACUACGUGUACGCUGACCAACCAGAGGACUUCAACCAGAAGGUCUUGCAGAUCUGCGACACCGUGGAGUGAGUGCCGUGGAGUGAGGUGUUUGCCGUGAUCACAGCGGCAUGACCUGGGACCCCGGUUCAGGGGCAGUCUGAGGCAGGCCCCCUUACUGUUUAUACCAUGCUGCUGAUGCGUUUUUUACUCUCAAGGCCUCACUGGAAACAGGUUACAUUGCCACACUGGAAUGCUGUUUUUAUGAUUUUUUUUUUAUGAUUUUUCUCAGUGAAACUCGGAGCUUGGCUCCUGCAGAACGGCUGUUUUUCGAAGGCCAAUUAAUCAGAUUUGGUUAUUUACCUUCAAGUUUCCUCUACAUAGAAAAAAAAAAUCAUUAAUUUAACCCAGCACAGACUGAAUAAUGGGUUAUGUAGUUCAUUAGUAGUUUAGUUUGGGAGUAAAAUGUUGUUUUAUUUGAACAUGUGAAUUGGCUGCAAUUCCCAAUAAUAUACCCUGGGCCCCAGCAGAUCCCUGGCCGAUGAGUUAUGCUCUGGUUUGGUAAGUUGCUGAAUAGCUAAGCCUUCUCUGCAACGUCGCAUGUGUUUGUAAUACGCAUUUUAUCCGCAACGUUUUUAUCAGGCUUUUUCUUCUGCUGUUUUUGCUACAGCCCCUCUUUCUUGUGCUGCAACCUUCCGGAAGUGCCUGUUCUGUUUAUAAUUAAUUAGCAUCUUGACAGGUUUGUAAUUGCUGCACAUUUACCUCCGACAUCACUUCAGCAACUGCCGUUCAUCAUGUGUAGAGUGCCGGCUGUCAGGGGUUGAACUCAUCCUGGCGCUACAUUUCCGGCUAGAUAUUUCAGGCUAGAUCGUUACCAGACCCUAACACAGCACCAUGAAUGUAAACCCCAAAUGGCAAGCUUGUAUUUUGGUGUGACGGUGCCUGUCCACUUCUCUAGGUUGUAGAAGUUGCCAGACGGAGAGGAUUUUCCCCCUUUAUUUUAACAUUUACGUUUGUAGAGAGGAAGGGUUUUGCACAGAAUCUGUUUGUGUACUUAUGGGGCCUUGCCAUACUUCUAGAUAUUUCUUUAUUAUGUAAUGUAUCUCAAGCUAUGGAAGUUUAUAACUGGAAAGAGCUAUGCUGAGAUCAUUAAUGCCUAACUGCAAUAAGCCAUUCCGUCUUGGACACUAAUGUUGUAUGUGGUUUCACAUGGAUUGUCCAUCUGAUGGAACAAAGCACACUGGUCACAUCCGUCACGUCUGCUAGUCUGUUCUCUCUCUCGAUUCUACCUCAAGUGUGCAAGUAUAACUUCUUGAAAAAUGCAACAGGAACUUUUUUUCACACCUUUAUAAACAGCUGAGCCUGGAAUGACAUAACGGCUAAGUUUCCUCAGUAUACUUCACCUUUGGAACAAAACGUUCAGAGCCAAGCAAUGUGGUGAUUUUGCAAAGGAGGAGAAUUUGCAAUUCUUCCAGCUUCCUGAGAAGUUUGUUCUCUUGUCAUUGAUGCUCGGUGAUAUGUUACUGUUCAACCAUGCAAAUGUGAGAAUGUCACAAUCCUGUAAAUAUUUCACAUAAAAAUGUUCUGCACCUCUGUUCUGCCUUUGAAUGAGACCCAGAAUUUAUUUUGAGAGCAUAUUGAUCUGUAAGACAGGGGCACAGCAGCCCAAAGAAUACAGCCCUGUCUGGGAUAAGCGGUUUGAAGAUGGAUGGAUGGAUGGAUGGAUGGAUGGAUGGAUGGAUGGAUGGAUGGAUAAUGCAGGUUUAAGAGUUUAGUGCAUGUUAAAUAGCAAAAGACAUUUACACUUUUUUUUGUUUUGCAGUAUAAAUGGACCUAGGGGAGGGAGUGGCAGUGUGGGGCAUGAUGGAAAUGUACCACUCAACUGAGGCAAAGGUGAAAUGUUGGCCAAUUUUCAUUCACAGCUCUUUGACAUUUCCCCCAUCUGCAACGCACAGCCUGCUGACACAAACAGAUGGGGAUAUUCUGGGUAGUUAGAUAAGGGUCUGCAGCAAGCAGUUUUCCUUUAAUUCUUUCCUCUCUGUGCAUCAGUGUAUUACAUCUUCAGUACUGAUCCUUGUAUUGGAAAGUCAUUUCAGCAUGACAGUGUUUGUGAUUGCAGUGAGAGUCUUGAGCAUAAUCUUGAUAAUGUGAUUAGCUUUGGCCUUAUUUUGAUACCAGCCUUCAAAUUUUAAAUAUGUCACACCCGAGACAAUUGUUAAUAGCAGGGGAAGUGAAAGAUCUCUACGAAGGUUUUCUCAAAGAUGAUCGAUAUGCUCGAAACUGCAGUGAUACUUUAUAGCCACGAGGGGGCACGAGACUCACGCCAGGAGAGAUACGACUGUCAGGCAAGGGGGAAAAAAACGGCAGAUGCCGAGUUCACUAAAUGACUCUUAUCAAGGUUAUGUUUUCACUUUAGCGGAGUGUUAAGGCUUUCUGUCUUGUACAAAUAAACCAAAAUACUGCAAAUAUUUCAUAUAAGGCAUUGUUACUGAAUUGUCAAUAAAAAACCAAGCAAAA